CGCUCCGUCGCUCCUCGAAAUCACGUUAAAAUUGAGAAAUUCUCAAGUUUUUUCAACAAUUUGAUCAAGAUAAAGAUAAAGAUUGCGCGAGAAUUUGCGAGCUGUUAAACGGCCGGCCACUUAAAAAAAAGUUGAGAAACACGGAAAAAGUGGCUUUUUCACGAGUUCCGAUAAGGAUCCGUGCGUAAAGAUUAAAAUACUCCUCAUUCAUGGCACAGCCCGGUUGGCCUGGUAGGAGUUUUGUUCAUUUUUGCAUUCCAUAAUCCGUGCGUAGGACGAUAAGGAAAGUGAAUCAGGCGGAGUUUCUAGUCUGGACCCGCAGUAGGCGAGAUCUCAAGGCAAGACGCUCGUGCGAUCGAGGUUGUAAAGUGAAAACGGUCCCCACUACUUCGCCCACUUUUCCGGGGUUACUACAGAAACUACUACAGAACGCGGUAGUUACUACCGCGCCCAAACCUCCCACCAAGCUGGAGGGCAAAGUGCGUCCACGACGACCGUCUGCGGUUUGUCCCAGAACGGAUUCCGUCGCCAGCUGUUGACCUGUUCGGACGCCGCCGCCGCAGAAUGCACUUUUCCAUACCGAGCACACAGGAGUUUGGUUCCGAGGGAGGCGGAUCAUCGUUCACGGGAUUCAAUAUACACAUCAAUGGCAGUUUUCACUGUUGCCUUCGGUACAAGCAGCUACACAGCUUGCAUGAGCAGCUCAAACGAUCCCUCCCGUCGAUGGUGUUGCCCAGCUUCCCACCGAAGAAGCUGCUGUCGCUUACGCCGAAUCAGAUCGAACAGCGACGAUUAAGCCUGGAGCGCUACAUACAACUCGUUGGCCAGGAUCCGGUACUGUGUCGCUCAGAGCUGUUGCGUGCCUUUCUGUUGAAUGCGCAACAGGAAUCGUCCUUUACCGAGUGCAACGAGGUAACGCUGGACGUCUACCUCAUGAACGGUUACCGGAUUGCGGCCACCGUCCACUCGACCGAUUGCACGGCAAAGGUGUUGGCAAAGGCGACCGCGCUGAUCGAUCUGCCGUUUGAGCGGCUCUGCUACUUUGCCCUCUAUUUGAUGCGUAUCGAGGCGACCGGUGAGCUGACGAUCGUGAAGCGCCUGAUGGACUUCGAGGCACCGUACAUUUCUCAGAAACAGUGGGACGGUUGCCGAUUGGUGCUGCGCACCGGGUACUGGGAUCCCUGCUACGAUGUGGAACUGAUGCGCGACCGGAUCGCUCUCAAUCUGCUCUACAUGCAGGCACUCAGCGAUGUGAAACGCGGUUGGGUUGUGACGACCCGUGAUUUAGCGGAACAGUUGACCAACCUUCAGGCACGUGGCAAUAAGAGCGAGUAUCUUGAGAUUGUACGAAAGCUACCACUAUACGGGUGCCUCCAGUUUCCGCGUGCCUGCGUGGACUACCCGGAACCGAACACUGUUGCCACAGUUGCACUCGGUAACAAGGAGCUAAAUCUAUUGAGUUGCGUCGACGAGGGCAAGGAGAUGCAGGAAACCAAAUUCAAAGUCACGCGCAUUCGUUGCUGGCGCGUAACUCCAAUUCAUGCGACCGAAGAACAGUCUACGAACGGCCAUCAAACGCAUCCGUCAACGAUCGUCGGAAUGGAGCUGUCGUUCGAGUAUCUAAUGGCCAAGAACCAGCUCAAAUGGAUCACAAUCUACAGCGAACAGUCGAUGCUUAUGUCCGUGUGCCUUCAAUCCAUCGUCGACGAAUUGUUGAACCAAAAAAAUGGUUCCGAUCCUACCCAUUUGCCGACUCCUCCGCAUACCGAGUAUGCACCCCCGCUGUCCUACAUCAGACGGGAUGGUUCGAAUCACGGCAUGACUGAUUCCAGCUCCACGGAUACUCUGUCCAACGUAGCACAUAGUGAUACUACUAGCAACUGCACAUCGACUCAAUCCAACAAUCACUCGACCAACACCACCACCAACGGGUCUUCCUUUAUCCGGCGCAAGCUGAAGGAGCUCAACACGACGGUGCGCUUCCGGAGUGGCAGGGAUUCGGUGCACAACGAAGCGUUCGAGUGGAUCGGUGACGAUGAUCUCUAGAAGGCGCAGCUCGCGCGCAAAACUGCAAUGAUACAGCAGAGCAUUUCGAUAACGAAUUUAACCGCCCAUUAUCCCAUUGUCUUCCUUCCUUCCGUUCCGUCUCUUGUCAUGAGAUACCCUCCAACAACCCCUUGGUGCGGGUAGGCCAAGGGAGAACUGUCGUUUAGCAAAGUGCACAAUAGGCCACAACGCGACGUAUACGCGUUUCGAAAAGCGCCUUUUGCUGUUGUGGGGAAGCUUUUCAACAGAAAUACUCCUCUCUCCUUGGUCAUCGUACCGCCGUCUCUCUAAUCGCUAAUCGCUAUAUACAUAUAUAUUACUCUUAUUAUCUUGUGGAAUUCAAUGCUGCUAUAAGAGAACUGGAACUGGAAGGUUGGGUGGUAUUUUGUAUGAAUGUAGCGAAUUUUUUCUUAGAAAAAGGAUCACAAAGCGUACCCAUCCCCACUUUGGCAGCUCGUAUAGAGCAUUACAAUGUGUGUGUACGUACGUCGGUGUGUGAGUGCAACUAUCGGCAGUGGCCGGGUUGCUUUAAUAAAACUAUAAUCAACUCCUCCCAAAAAAAAAACCACGGAGGAAGUGAUCAGUGCUUGAUAA